AUGUCCUGGGUAGCAAAUCUAAAAACCUACGAUCGUAUUAAAGAUGAUGCCAAAUACAUGAAAGCAGUUUAUGGCUCUUCACUGGCAUUUAUUAGAGAAUAUUCUGCGAAAAAUUUUCUAACUGAGCGUGAAUACUAUGGUAAUUUUGGUUAUGGCGAGUGUUAUAAUUCAACGAGUUCCUCGGUACAGUGUGAGAUUGUCACAGGAGAAUUCAAUCCAAAGCUUUUACCUUAUGAAAAACAGUUAGCUUGGCAUUUAAAAGAAUUUUGUUACAAAACAAGCGCUCAUGGAAUUCCAAUGAUUGGACGAGCACCAAACAAAUACUACAGGGCAGUAUGGAUUUUACUUUUUCUCGGAUGCAUGACAAUGCUCUACCAAAAUGCUCAAAGUGUUCUCGAUAAAUAUCAUCGUAAUGAGAAAAUUGUGGAUAUCCAACUUAAAUUUGGCAAGUGUUUCAGAAUAAAUUUAGAUACAGCGCCUUUUCCCGCUAUCACAUUAUGCAACUUAAAUCCAUAUAAAGUUAGCCUUGCAAAUGAUGUGGAUCUUAUCCGAAGAAUGUUAACAGCGUUUGAUGGCGCAUUAAACAAAGCUGGUAAUUCUCCAGCGUCAAAUGAUAGUUCAAGUCGAGAACGAAGAUCUGCUGGUUCUGAGCAAGCAUCAAUUUUUGAACCUGGUUUUUCAAAAUGCAAAUGCGAGGAUCUAAAUGAUAUUGGAAGUAUGUGUGAAGGAGAAAGUUACAAAUAUGAAUUACCAGAACUAAGUGAAGAAAAAUGCAUUUGUGCAUUUGAUAGAAAUACAAAAGAUGCUUGGCCGUGUUAUUUAGAAGCAUCUUGGCUUAAAAGUUCUUGCCAAGAUUGUGAUUCUAGAGCAUUUUGCCAAAAAGUGACGGCGGGAAACGUAACAGCAGGAAACAACUUUGAAAACAUUCCUUGCUUAUGUGCACCAUCUGGUGUUUUUUGCGUUGCAUAUGAUGGUAAUUCCGAUAUAAUUAAAAUUUGGGAAUAUUUGAGUGGUAGUGGACCAACAGAAGAUCCCAACUUCAUUCAAGCAAUGGGUUUUGCUGGAAUGACCGACGAGAUAGCAAUUGUGACAAAAGCAAAAGAAAAUAUUAUAUUUGCAAUGGCAACAUUGUCGAUGAGAGAUCGUGAAAGACUGUCAACAACAAAGCGUGAAUUAGUCCAGAAAUGUUCAUUUAAUGGAAUUGCUUGUGACAUUGAUCAGGACUUUCUAACUCAUAUUGAUCCUAAUUUUGGUUCAUGCUUUACCUUUAAUCAUAAUCGGAGCAUGAAUUUGACCAGUCUUCGAGCAGGACCAAUGUAUGGCCUUCGAAUGCUGCUGUAUGUGAAUGCAUCUGAAUAUAUGCCAACAACGGAAGCUACUGGCAUUAGAUUAACUAUUCAUGACAAAAACGAUUAUCCAUUUCCAGAUACCUUUGGAUAUUCUGCUCCAACAGGAUAUAUUUCAUCUUUUGGAAUUCGUUUGAGACAGGUUUCAAGGUUACCAGCACCCUAUGGAGAUUGCAUUCCUGAUGGAAAAACCUCUGAUUACAUCUAUCAGAAUUAUGAAUACUCUGUUGAAGGUUGUUAUCGAUCAUGCUUUCAACAACUUGUCCUAAAAUCCUGUAGUUGUGGUGAUCCAAGAUUUCCUGUAUUACCAGGACACGAGCACUGCCAACCAACGGAUUCUGUAGCUCGGCAUUGUCUAGACGAACGCACUAAUGAAUUAGGUGGUUUACACGGAAGUUUUCGAUGUCGUUGUCAACAACCAUGUAAGCAAUCCAUGUAUUUCGUGACUUAUUCACCAGCCAAGUGGCCAUCACGAUCUUUAAAAAUGCAACUUGGUCUUUGUGAUGGUACACCAAUUGAAUGUAAUAAGCAUUAUAAGGAAAAUGGUGCUAUGGUUGAAGUAUUUUAUGAGCAACUCAACUAUGAAAUGCUUACUGAAUCAGAAGCUUAUGGUUUCGUCAAUUUAUUAGCUGAUUUUGGUGGACAACUUGGUCUUUGGUGUGGCAUUAGUUUUCUUACUUGUUGUGAAUUUGUAUUUUUUCUUUGUGAAACAGCAUAUAUGUCUGCAGAGCAUAACUAUAUACAGUGGAAGAAGAAAAAAGAAGAAAAAGCAAGGCAGAAGUGA